CUGGAGAAGGGAUCAAACGUAACCCUUCCACUGGGGAAGGGGGAGACCGGGCGGGCGCCAGUCCUCUCCUCCGUGGUUCUUCUGCUCUUUGCCUUAACUUUGGGGCUCGGCGGGGUUAGUGACGGGAGCUUAACCGGGCUCUGGGUGUGGAGGAGGUUUGUGGCUACGAUAGGGUCAUAGUCUUUCUCGCGGCCACUGGGAUGAUAAAACAAAUGUCUGUAAUCCGGAUUAUCCGCGGUGACGUGGGGCCUCCGUCUCUGCUGUCCAUCUAAGUUAAAGGCCUGUUCCCUCAACCUCCCUCCCCUUUCCUCUCCUUUUCCCAUCUCUUUUUUAGUCAAGCCCAGCCGAGGAGGGAGUCAGGGCCACCAGGUUCUUCUUGCUAAGGUUGAAAGUCUGUAAGUCUGAAAAAGUGAGUCUGUGUGAGGGAAGGAGGGAUUUUGGGUAUUGCUUCCCUUACCAUGUCAGGGAAACGGAAGCGUGUGGUGUUGACUAUUAAAGAUAAGCUCGAUAUAAUAAAGAAACUUGAAGACGGAGGUUCUUCCAAACAAUUGGCAGUUAUUUAUGGAAUUGGUGAAACAACAGUUCGGGAUAUAAGAAAAAAUAAGGAAAAGAUUAUAACAUAUGCAAGCAGUUCUGAUUCUACAAGUCUUCUGGCCAAGAGAAAAUCUAUGAAGCCGUCCAUGUAUGAGGAACUGGACAGAGCAAUGCUGGAAUGGUUUAACCAGCAGAGAGCAAAAGGGAAUCCCAUAUCUGGACCAAUUUGUGCAAAAAGGGCAGAGUUCUUCUUUUAUGCUUUGGGAAUGGAUGGUGAUUUUAACCCCUCUGCUGGUUGGUUAACUCGUUUUAAACAACGGCACAGCAUUAGAGAGAUUAACAUUAGAAAUGAAAGGUUAAAUGGAGACGAGACUGCUGUGGAAGAAUUUUGCAACAACUUUCGAGACUUUAUCGAACAAGAAAAUUUGCAGCCUGAACAAAUCUACAAUGCAGAUGAAACUGGACUGUUUUGGAAGUGUCUACCCUCCAGAACUUCAGUAAUCAAAGGUAAAUGCACUGCUUCUGGGCACAAAUCAAUUGAAGAAAGAGUCACUGUCAUGUGUUGUGCGAAUGCAACAGGCUUACAUAAACUUAAACUUUGUGUUGUGGGGAAAGCAAAGAAACCUCGUUCCUUCAAGUCAACUGACACCUCAAACCUGCCGGUCUCUUAUUUUAGCCAAAAAGGUGCAUGGAUGGAUCUUUCCAUUUUCCGACAAUGGUUUGAUAAGAUCUUUGUGCCACAAGUUCGAGAGUAUUUAAGGUCCAAAGGCCUACAGGAAAAGGCUGUGCUGUUGUUGGAUAAUUCACCAACACAUCCAAAUGAAAACGUCCUGAGGUCAGAUGAUGGCCAAAUAUUUGCUAAAUAUUUACCACCCAAUGUGUCUUCAUUGAUUCAGCCCUCGGAUCAGGGGGUCAUGGCAACAAUGAAGAGAAACUAUCGUGCAGGCCUUCUCCAGAACAACUUGGAAGAAGGUAAUGACCUGAAAUCAUUUUGGAAAAAGCUGACUCUGCUAGAUGCACUCUAUGAAGUAGCAAUGGCAUGGAACUUAGUAAAGCCAGUUACCAUUAGCAGAGCAUGGAAGAAGAUUCUCCCUACCAUAGAGGAGAAAGAAUGCUUGGAGUUUGAUAAAGAAGAUACUUCGGUAGCUACUGUGGCCACCAUUUUACAGCACACCAAAGGAUUGGAAAAUGUGACUACUGAGAACAUUGAAAAAUGGCUUGAAGUGGACAGUACUGAACCAGGCUAUGAAGUCUUAACUGACAGCGAAAUCAUCAGAAGAGCACAAGGCCAGACAGAUGAAUCCAGUGAAAAUGAGGAAGAGGAAAUAGAACUGAUUCCAGAGAAACAUAUUAAUCAUGCAGCUGCUCUCCAAUGGACUGAAAAUUUACUAGAUUAUCUGGAACAACAAGGUGAUAUGAUUCUGCCUGAUAGACUGGUAAUACGUAAACUUCGAGCCACCAUCAGAAAUAAACAGAAGAUGACAAAUGCAAAUCAAUAAUGGCAUUUUAAUUUUACCAUUGUUUUGGUAAUUGUGUUUGUGACUCUUAUCUCUUUGGCUUAAUCUUUGUGUUUUGAAUUCUCAGACAUAGUCCUGUGAAAUACAGGUACAAAAAUGUAUCUGUAAGUGGUUUGAGGAUUAUGUGUUUUGCAUCAUCUAUGUUCCUUGUCCCUCCAUUGUGCAGAUAAUCAGAAGCCAAUUCUGUAUAGAUACAAAUGAAAUGUCCACAUGUAUUGGCUUUUGUAGAUCUAUGACUAUCCCUUCCAUAAUAGUGGCAUUUCCUGAAUUUUCUAGCAAUAGUUAGAUAACAAUGAACAGAUUGAGGACUUUCCCCAAGUCUUCUGCUUGAUUUGUGAGGGCUGCCAGAGUAAUCUUUUGUUGUACUAAUCAUCUUAGAUGGUUGUCUCUUUUGUGUGUUUGAUUAGGCUGAUAGAAUGAGAAUGAUCUAUAUUGUUAGAUUUGAGGGUGUCUAUAAUAAUUCAAAAUGAAGUUCAGUAAUGAGAGGAAACGAUGUAAGAAUUAUAAAAAUAAUUUAGAAAUUAUACUUGUGUGAGUGAUGAGAGGGAGAUUUUGUGGAAAUGAAGUAAAUAUAAUACAGAGAGUGAUUGCUAAAUUAGUGAGAAACUAUUAGAAACUUGAUAUGUAAAAGGUAUUCUGAUCAUUUGUAGGUAACCGGGAACUGAAAAUUUUGGGAAUUUAGGUUAUUUAUACAAAGGAAAUAACAGGCUUGUUUUAAUCAGGCCUUUUUAUUAUAUUAUGAAUUGGGUAACAGUAUAGGUUUAUUAUUUAUUCAUCUAAUUGUAGUACAGCUUUUGUAAUGUUAUAUGUGAUGGUAGGAGGUCCUGCCUUUUAUUUGGGGGAACAACUUACCAGAAAUUUUAAAAUUAGUAAGGUUUUUUUUUUUUUUUCCUGAGUACUUGGAAAUGUCUAUAAUUUGGAAAAUUUUAUUAUACUUGGCUGUUCUAUUUGAUAUGAAAAGAAGAAAUGAAAGGAAUAAAGUUUUUUAUUAUUUCAAAUAAGCUAUGUUUGUGACUUGUUUUAUGAAGAAAGCAGAAAUAAUUAUGGAAAAUUUUAGACUAGGGAAUUUAAUCAUUUAUUAUUUUGACACUUGUUAAAAAGAGAUUAUAUCUUCUAGAACUUCAUUUAAGUCAGAAUUUUGAUGAAUUUGCUUAGUAAACUCAAUGUUUAAGACAUUGAAAAGACUUUACCUAUGUGAAUAUUAAUUUCAUGUGUUUGUGAUUUAAAAGCAAAGUAUCUGAAUAUUAUUUCAUGCUUCGGUCCAAAAUUUUAAAAAUAGUAAUUUAGAAUUGCUCUCUAUUAGUCAUUUUUAAAAGGUGUAACUUUUUCAUUGUAAUACCUUGCAUUGUAUAGUACCUUUCUUAGAAUUCUAGGACUUUAAAAAGAUAUUUAGAUUUCCAUAAUUUCUAGCUGAUAUCUUUAUGUUAUAUGUCUAGAUUUUUAAAAAGAUUUAUCAGUGAUGAGAACUGUUUAAAAAUUGUAUUUUACAUGAACUGCCUCAGUGCACAGAGGGAAAAGGCACCAGAAGUUAGCAUAUAUAUCGAACCAGAUAAUAACACAUUCUGGUAUAAAUUAAAUUGUCUAUAGAGGAAAUUUCCAUUUUUCUAAAAAAAAAAAAAAUUGUACUGAAAAGCUUGAAGUUUCUGUUUGGAUUUGCUCACUUUCUUAAAUUAACCUUGUCAGUGAAAUUCAGCUUGUAUCGUUGCCACCUAGUGGUAAAUUAAACACUACUGUUACGCUAUGUGGUUUUAAACUUGAAUAACUAGUAAAAAGGCUCACUGUUGUGUGGCCUGGCGUGUGAACCUGUGUCUAGCCUGUGAGAGAUUACUCUUCCUCUGGUUUACAGUUGUCUCCUUUUCUCUGAAAGCUUCUAACACUGGUAGGCUAGCAGUUCUGUUUUGAUACCCUUGUCUCCUUAAACAUAAUUACAAAAGCUACCAAUUACAACUGAAUGCCAUUUUAUGUUCUAAGCAGCAUACUUACUAUAUUAUCAUAAUCCUCAAAACCAUCUCAUGAAUUAGGUGAAAAUAUUGAGACUCAGCUCAUACCCUUAAUUACUAAAGAUCACUUGGCUACAGGUAAGAAUUUAAAGCCAGGUAUUUGACUCCAAAGUCUAUGCUUACAUCAUUCAACCUAGACUCACCUCUUAACCUUUUCCAAUCUUCAACAUUUAUUCCUUGCCGCCAUGCCACCUGCUAUAGGUAUUUGAAUUUACUUGUCUAGUUCUCAAUACUCUUGUGGUAGCAAUUGCCUUUCCUUCACUCUUUUAUAGGGUUAGUCUUCCUCCUGCACUAUGGUGUAGUAUCUCUCUUGUUAACUGCAGUUGAGUUGGUGCCUAGUCUUUGCUUUG